GUAUUACAAAGUUCAUUGUGAAUCAUUGAAUACCACCGAAGAAAUUUCUCUGAAAAUUCAGAGUGUUAUCACGAAGAGUUAAAGUUUUGGAAUCGCGAUUGCAUAUUUGUAGGGUUUGAUAACAUGAUAAGAGUGGAAUGGAUUUCUAAGUGUAACGCUUUAGAUGAUACUUCAUUUUGGCUGAGAAGUAAAAGCAGUACGGUCAUCAUUAAAAGCGGAGACUAUGAGUGGUAGACGUAGACGGUCUGAAGCUAUAUGGGACGAUAAGGAAGAACAAAGGGCUUCAGCUGAAAUUCAUCCAAAUAUAUCUCCUGGCAGAUCAGGAUAUUGGUCAAAAUCGGACGCCCAUGACGACUCGAUGCGCGGUAACUUUUCAAGGAGCCCAUCUAGAAAUCAUUUGCACGGAAAUCGAAACGGGCCCAGGGAUGAUGACAUCAGGAGAGACCGAAACAGGAUGUAUUCACACCCGACUCCUGAUGGAUGGGAAAAACAAUAUAACACCCGUCCGUCGGAUGAGAGCUAUGACCUGCCUUACAGGUCCAGGGACAAAGGGGUAGGCUGUAACGCGCGAAUGAGCCGAGAACGAGAACGAAGCAGGAGUCCACUUAGAAGUAGAAGCCGGGAGCGAGAACGGAGCAGGAGCCGGGAUUGUGUGAGCAGAAGCAGCAGGGAAAACACACGAGGCCCUAGACAUGAAACUGAUGCUUCGUAUCCCAACAUGAGAAAUAAUUCAAGGGACUUUGUUUCUCGAGGUGGAGACAAUAAUACGACAGGAAGCUGGAAUAGUCGAACAGAUUACAAAGGUGGUGGUGGUUCAAGAUACAAUGAUCACCAAAAUACUAGAAUGCCACCGUGCAAGUUUUUUGCUGCAGGGAAUUGCAACCGGGAUUACUGUAAGUUCUCACAUGAUGUUCCCGAAGCAUCAAGAGGUUAUGAUGACAACCGUAGUAUAGCCAAUAAAAACAGGGCAUGGCAUAGUGAUCAGCAGGCACAUGAUGACUCGUACGCAGGCGGUUUUAACAAAACAUCACAUCAGGAUCAUACUUCAGAUGACAAUAAUAAUAAUAACAACAAAUGGGAUUCCUGGGAUGACAAGAAAAUGUCGUUUGAUGGGCAUGCUUCACGGGAUGCAUCGGGUUUCAAUGAUGUCGGGAAAUCCCACCCUAACGUAGAUAACAAGAGAAGCUCCUGGAAUGGUCCUACCUCAUGGGAUGAUGCUAGUGGAUCGGGUUUCUCUAGCGUUUCAAACCCAUGCCGUAGAUACGAGGAAACCGCAAAAGAGUCAUUGAAUGAUAAUAAUGCAAAAUCAGGCGGUAACAUAGAUAGAAAUAAAACAAAGAAAUGGGAUGGCCCGUUAUGGGAUGAGUUUAGUGAACCAGUGGUGGUCCAGACUGAUAGCAAUAAUAAUAAUAAUAAUAUUAGAAAGUGGGAUGCUUCAGGCUCGAGUAAAAUGGCUUCUCAUAAUGCUGAAAUGGUGGUCAAUGAUUCUGAUUUAAACAAUGUGGUCUCUGAAGAUGCCAACCGGCAAAUUCUUACUUCUGGAAAAGACUUGAUUCAGAGCGUUCACGAUAUAACUGGAUCCGAACAAAGACAGACGCUUUUAUCAAACCCUUAUAACGGACCGUUAAAUGGGCAUGGUGUGCAUAUGGAAAAUCAGAACACUGAAGGUGCGAACCCGCUGAAACCUUUGGAAAUGGAUGUUGCACAACCACAAGCAGUGAAUGAUGUUAACGAUACUAGUUUGACUAGUCAACUGGCUCCUCAAGCAAAUGCAAUUCCACAGUUAUAUACAGAGUCACAUCUCGCCAGUGCCAUAGAUUAUCUUAAAUCUCUUCCAAAUUCUGCGUAUAAUCAAGAUACAAAGGCAAAAGAGGAACAAGAUUCAGUAAUACAGCAGAACCGAAUGCCUGAUGUCAUGAAGACGGAAGCAAUUGACAAGAGAGUAGCGGAAAAUGUUAAUAAGAAAGAAGAAGAAAAUAUGAAGCCUGAUAAUGGCGAUGCACAUGGCAAAGUAGAAGAGGGUGAUACCGGAAAUGAUGAAAAGGCGAUGCGACUUUUUAAAGCGGGUCUUGUUGAAUUUGUGAAGGAGAUUUUGAAGCCGAAAUGGAAGGAGGGUAAGAUGAGCAGAGAUGUUUAUAAAACGGUUGUGAAGAAAGUGGUUGAAAAAGUUACAAGCACCAUUCAAGGAACCCAGAUCCCUAGAACGCAACCGAAGAUUGACCAAUAUCUCUCGUACUCUAAACCCAAAAUUACUAAGCUUGUGGAGGCAUACAUGGAAAAACUUCUGAAGUCUUAGGUGCAGAUAGUUGUACUUGAUGGAAAACUUGAACUCUGAUAGUUUUUUUUUGUAGCCAUAGUUUGAUAUGUAUUUGCUUUUAACUUUAUAAGCAAGUUAACUUCAUUUGGGGUCAAUGAUGUUUGCAGAUUAUGGCAUGUUUAGAGUACAACUCUUGUUUUCUAGUCUAUACAUAUGCUCUUCAGUCUUGUAGAAGCAUAUCUUAAUUGCAGUAGUUUUGACCACCGCUGAUUUCGUGUAUGAACUUGGGGUAAUGGAAAUCUGCAUGAUUAACCA